AUGUUUUGGCCCAAGGAGUGGUUGCCUAACGAGGUUGGAUUCAAACACGUGCGCAUUCAUAGUUAUGGGUAUAACUCAGACUGGACGACGAAGAAGGAAAGCCCCUUGACGGUCCACGAUUUCGGACAGGCCUUGCUUGCCGACCUUCACAACUCCCCAUACCUCCGCAGGAAUGGAGAUGUGGGCAACCGAUAG